AUGGCGCUGAAUGGACAUUGCCCUUCUCCUUUCCUGCAGGAGUCGUUGUUUCCGACGACUGGAGGAUUCACCGACGGCCGAUACUGCGAAACCCUGACCAAUGUCUCCUGCUGCUUGCCCUGUCCGCUCGCCGACUGGCGAUAUGCUGAUAACACUUCGAAACGUGUUGACGUCGCAAGCUGGAUCAGUGUCGCCAUCCUUCCGCUCUGCAUUUUCCUCCUGGUCUCAUACGCCGCUCUGCCCGUCAAAUGGACGAAUCGUCACUAUCUGAGCAUCUGCUUCACACUGGGCAUUUGCUGCAUGGAGAUUGCGUUCAUUAUUCCCCUUGGGGCCAGACCUGAACAAUGCUACAAUGCAAUCACACCCAACGACAUGUACACCGACCUCUCUUGCGCCUUCUCUGGUGCGUUCCUCCUCUUCGGUGGCUGGCUAGUCGUGAUCUGGAGUUUCAUUCGAACGCUCGCCUUCCACCUGCAAGUGUGUUGGGAAAAAGUGCUCGGUCCCAAAUUCAUGUGGGGGGCUUUCCUCUGUGGUUUCGGAAUCCCCAUCAUUGGCAUCACAGUGAUGAUGAUCAUAACGGGCGUCUCCUUCCGAUUUGGCGAGAUCUGCCAUAUCAACAUCGACCACGGCGCGCAGGACUACUGGUACCCGAUCAUUGCUUUUGCGGCCGCAGCGCUGAUCCUGCAGCUAACCACCAUGGCUUACUGCAUGCACAUCUACCUGCGCUCGCUCUUCGACAAAUCCGCCUCCACCACCGAGAACAGCUCCGGGAUUCCCUCAUACACCGCAAGUGUGCGCACGGUCACAGCCCGCCAGGCCUACCGACGAGUCAAGCGCGUGCUCCAGCUGCAAUGGCGGGGCGUGGCCCUCGUGCUGAUCAUCAUCGGGAACGUGAUCUUCUUCGCGGUCGUCUUUAUCAACCUCGACCGGGAGGUGGAUCCCACCCCAGAGAACAUGAAGAAGGCUCUCCCUUGGCUCCUGUGUCUCAUGGAAACGGGUGGCAACAAGAACAAGUGCGAGAAAUACGCCUCCGCACUGGGUCCCAACGAAGCAACCCUACUCGCAGUCGUCUACCUCCUUUCGCUAGUGGGCUUCUGGAACUUUAUCCUCUUCGCCCGACCAUCCAUGUUCGUGGGCUGGCUGGAUCUGUUCCGCCGGGGCAUGAGCCGGCGUCACGAAUACGUUUCGGCCGACGUGACCCGCUACAACGAUAGCAAGGGCUUCGAGAUGCUCACGACGACGACGAUCAAGACUCCCGACACGUACAACAUGCGCUCGCCCAGCCCCGCGCACAUGAUGGGGCGGAGCCCCGUGGCAAGUCCGAGUCCAACCUUUGAUCGAAACGUGCACUUCGGACAAGAGGCGCGAUACGUCCGGCCCUCCAUGAGCUUUAGCGGGCCUCGACCCCCCAGCUCUUCUGCCGGUGGGCGGGACUGGGACCCUUCGGCCACUUUUGCGCAGGGGUAUGGACAUGGACAUGCACAUGGGCAUGCACGAUAG